GGACCGGGAGCAGGACCCAUGCCGGGAGGGGGCUAGCCGGGUGGAAGGCCGUUGCCGGGCAACGCCGGGGCACGGAGUUCUCGUAGCUAGGCCCGCCCCCUGAGGAGGUGGGCUCGGUGUCACGUGACCUGGGCCCUACGGGAGGGGGCGCGGUCGGGGGCCCGGCGGAGCUCCGAGGGGUGCGCGCCGGGUUCCCAGGUCCGGAUCCAGCCUCGCCGGACUGCGAGAGAACCUGAGGCCCGAGCGGACGGCCAGCCCGCCGUUCAUCCGCCCCGCCCCACCUUGUCCUGCGAGGCUGCUGUGGUCAAGGUGGGAAGAGGGUCAGGUUGCGGGGCUCCACGGGCUUCCCCUGCAACGUGGGGAGAGGUGGGAUGGCUGCCAGGACUGGGGAAGAGCGAGCAGUUCACCUUUCUGAGAGCGGAGAAAGAUUCAUAGACGGUAAUGGUGGAAGGUGAGAUUGGACCGAUGAGCCUGGGCCAGACCCGCGAGGCACUGAGGCGAGGAGCUGGGUCUCCGUGGGGGACAGUGGCGAACCCUAACACGGUUUGGAGCAGGAAGGAGAACAUCAGAUUUCUUUGGAAGAUCGCUUUGGCUGCCCGAAAAGCAUAGGGUGGAAGGAAGGAAGGAGGGUAGGGGAGGCAGGGGGGAGGCAGCUGGAACUUUGCAAUAGGGGGCAAAGGACCGAGACCUAAUCUGGAGACCUCAGGACAGCCCAACCCACCAUCUCUCGGUUCUGGAAGUCUCCCUCCUCUUUGUCCCACUGAGUUCCGAGGACAGAAACCCCAAGAUGUGAUGGGCCUGUGCCUUUCUCAGGGAAGAUUCAUGAACGCCCCCAGCCCCCACCAAUGUUAAGCACUUGGCCCAUUUUUCUCUUUCACCUUCUCUCUGGAACAAGUAAAUCCACUCCCACAGCUGAAGUCACAUCUUAAUCCCGCUGAUACUGCUCCUGUGUCUCCUACCGAGCCCUAAGAUUCCUUCUGGGUGUCUCCAGACAGAGCCGUCUUUCUGCACCUCCUGCCCCCUGCCCCUAGCUCUUCCUUCCAAUGUUCCUCGUAUCACUCCAGGUCUCAGGGUCAGUCUGGUAUCUGCCGAGCACCUACAGCAUGGCUGGCACCCUUUGGGGCCCCGAGGACCCGACAGUGAACCAAGCAGCUCCAGGUUUCCAUUUCCUUCUCACGUCCUGGAGCUGACAGCCAGGGAGGAGAGAGGGAUAGUGAACAUGUAACAACCCAUCAGGAUAAUUUCGGGUCAUGUCAAGACGUUGUAGACCGAGGCCAGGGAGGGACAGGGACCAGGAGUCGCUUUAGAGAAGGAGGCCAGGGAAUUUCCCUUGGAGAAGGUCCGUUUGGUGCUGACUUCAAGAAGUGAGAGAGCAACUCAUUAGGUUCUAUUUGGGAAGAGCAUUCCUGGCAGAGGCAACAGCCAAUGCAAAGGCCCUGAGGCUGGCUGGAGACUGGCUGGUUCUGAGAAACCGUGAGGAGGCGGAGCUUGGAAAACAGCGGAGUGAGCCGGAAGGGCUGGCCCCCCCCCUGCAAGGCCCUUUUGACUAUCAAGGAGCCUGGCUUUUGUCCUCAAUGAAACGGGGAGGCAAGAUGUGAUUUGGCUGCCUGGUGGAGGGAGAAAACCCUGAAGAGGCCCAGGGAAAGCUGUGUGGUGCCCUGGACCAGUUGGUGGCUGCCAGAUGGAGGAGAGAGGGCAGGGCCUGGAGCAUCUUCAUCAAACAAGGGCCUCGCUGGGGGAAUGGGGAUGGCUGUGGGCCAGGUCCCUGCCCGCAGUCCUCUCUCCCGCUGCAGAACCUACACACCCAGGGUGGGCCAUGAAGGUUCUGCUUUUCACCGGGCUGGGGGCCCUGUUCUUCUCCUACUACUGGGAUGACAACUUCGACCCUGCUAGCCUCCAGGGAGCCCGAGUGCUGCUGACCGGAGCCAGCGCCGGCGUUGGGGAGGAGCUGGCUUAUCACUACGCCCGCCUGGGCUCCCACCUGGUGCUCACGGCCCACACGGAGGCCCUCCUGCAGAAGGUGGUGGGGAACUGCCGGAAGCUGGGCGCUCCCAAGGUCUUCUUCAUCGCUGCGGACAUGGCCUCCCCCGAGGUGCCCGAGCGCGUGGUGCAGUUUGCGCUGGACAAGCUGGGAGGGCUGGACUACCUCGUGCUGAACCACCUCGGCGCCACCCCGGCAGGCACGCGGUCCCGGAGCGUCCAGGCGACCCGCUGGCUCCUGCAGGUCCGGCCCCUCCUAGGCCCCGCCCACCACCGCCAGGCCCCGCCCCCCCGGGCAGCAGUUUGUCCGCGAGGCCGUGACUCGCAGUCGCCACCGCCUCCAGGUGAACUUCCUGAGUUACGUGCAGCUGACUUCGUUGGCGCUGCCCAGCCUGACGGACAGCAAAGGCUCUCUGGUGGUCGUGUCCUCGCUGCUCGGCCCUGUGCCCACAUCCUUCUCCAGCCCGUACUCGGCGGCCAAGUUCGCGCUGGACGGCUUCUUCGGCUCUCUCCGGCGGGAGCUGGACGUGCAGGACGUGAACGUGGCCAUCACCAUGUGCGUCCUGGGCCUCCGGGAUCGCGCCUCGACCGCCGAGGGAGUCAGGGGCGUCUCGAGGGCCAAGGCGGCCCCAGGGCCCAAGGCAGCCCUGGCGGUGAUCCGCGGUGGCGCCACCCGCGCCCCGGGCGUCUUCUACCCCUGGCGCUUCCACCUGCUCUGUCUGCUGCGGGGAUGGCUGCCGCACCCGAGGGCCUGGUUCAUCCGCCAGGAGCUCAAUGUCUCCGCUGCCGCUGCUGCCUGAGCUCCCGGGGGUGGCCCUCAUCCUUCCAGAGGGGAACCCUCCAUCCAGCCGCCCCGGAGCGGUGACACAAACCGAGACACCUCUGAGCUGGUGGCCGUGGCUCAAGGCAGAGUCAUCAAGACAGAAAAGGACAAUCGAGAAAAACUACCAGCCCCUGGAAACAGCCCCAGCUGCGGGUGUGCAAGUGCUAAUGGUGGGCCAGGCAGCCAGUCAGCAACUUGGAAAGCGUUACCUCCGUCUUCUGGGCCACCCUCGGUGACACAGUGGCUGCUUCCAUUUUGCAGAUGAGAAAAAUAAGGCUCAGAGAGGUGGCGUGACUUGCCUAGACCCCUGAGAGCUGGGAACCCUGGGAACCCUGGGAACCCUGUCCGCCUCCCACUCGGAACCGGGGCAUCUCUGAUCUCUUUGCACUCGCUCAGCCUUGGAGCGUCCGCCUACCCUUGCCCCAAGCAGGGGACAGCCUUCAAACGGACCACCUGCCCACGGGGUCUCAGGCAGGGAAGGCGGGAAAGAAUGUGUUCUGGGCUGGACCCAGCCUUCUGUUUCAUAAUAAAACCCUUCUUCCCUUGC